CCCUCGGCCGCCGCCGCCGCCAACCCCUCGGCCGUCGUCUCCUCCUCGUCCUCGUCGUCGUCCUCGUCGUCGUCGUCGACCUCCUCCUCCUCCUCCUCCAUCGUCACCGCGGCCUCGGCGGCCGAGCGCACCCCGAAGAAGAAAGAGCGAGCGUCGCCCCACAGCAGCAGCAGCAACGAGGGCACCGUGGAGGGAGGCACGGCAGAGACGCCGGACGGCAGGAGGACCAGCAAGCGCAAGCGAGCUAAAGUUGAGUACAGAGAGAUGGACGAGAGCUUGGCCAACCUGUCGGAGGAUGAAUAUUAUUCAGAAGAGGAACGCAAUGCUAAAGCUGAAAAGGAAAAGAAACAAGUGCCCCCACCUCAGCCCCCACCCCCCGAGGAGGACAUUGACAGUGAUCCAGAGGAACCAUCUGUGCAUUGGAGCAACAUCAGUCUGCCAGGGUCGUUUGCAGGUGUUGAGGGAGCAGCUUUCCAGAGUCGUCUACCUCACGAUCGCAUGACCUCACAGGAAGCAGCCUGCUUCCCUGACAUCAUCAGUGGUCCUGCACAGACUCAGAAGGUGUUCCUGUACAUCCGGAACCGCACACUACAGCUCUGGCUUGACAAUCCCAAGGUGCAGUUAACCUUCGAGACGACACUUCAGCAGUUGGAGUCUCCAUAUAACAGUGAUGCUGUACUGGUCCACAGGGUACACAGCUACCUGGAGCGACAUGGUUUAAUUAACUUCGGGAUCUACAAGAGAGUUAAGCCUCUCCCGUCGAAGAAGACGGGGAAAGUGAUCAUCAUUGGUGCUGGAGUAUCAGGGCUAGGUGCUGCUCGACAGUUACAGAGUUUCGGAAUGGAUGUCACCGUCCUGGAGUCUAGGGACCGUGUAGGAGGCCGAGUGGCCACGUUCAGGAAAGGAAACUACGUGGCUGACUUGGGGGCUAUGGUAGUAACAGGACUCGGUGGAAACCCGAUGGCAGUGGUCAGCAAACAAGUGAACAUGGAGCUGGCCAAGAUAAAGCAGAAGUGUCCCCUGUAUGAAGCGAAUGGGCAGGCUGGAGAAAGAUGCACAAACGUUCCAAAAGAAAAAGACGAGAUGGUGGAGCAGGAAUUCAAUCGUUUGCUGGAAGCCACAUCCUAUCUCAGUCACCAGUUGGAUUUCAACUACCUGAACAACAAGCCCGUCUCAUUAGGGCAGGCACUGGAAGUUGUAAUACAAUUGCAGGAGAAACAUGUAAAGGAUGAGCAGAUUGAACACUGGAAGAAAAUAGUUAAAACACAGGAGGAUCUGAAGGAAUUGCUUAAUAAGAUGGUAUCAUUAAAGGAAAAAAUCAAAGAGCUCCAUCAGCAAUAUAAAGAAGCCUCCGAGGUGAAGCCUCCACGUGAUAUUACAUCUGAAUUUCUAGUGAAAAGUAAAUUGAGAGACUUAACUGCUCUGUGUAAGGAGUAUGACGAGCUUGCCGAGGCUCAGGUAAAACUUGAGGAGAAACUCCAGGAACUGGAAGCGAACCCACCCAGCGAUGUUUACUUGUCAUCGCGGGACCGACAGAUCUUGGAUUGGCAUUUUGCUAAUCUGGAAUUUGCUAACGCAACACCCCUCUCCACGUUAUCGUUGAAACACUGGGACCAGGAUGAUGACUUCGAAUUCACAGGAAGUCACUUAACGGUACGGAACGGCUACUCAUGCGUCCCCGUGGCUCUAGCGGAAGGUCUUGACAUUAAAUUAAAUACUGCCGUGCGGCAGGUCCGCUACACUGCUUCAGGUUGCGAAGUCAUUGCUCAAAACACGCGCUCCAAUAGCCAGACGUUCAUUUACAAGUGUGACGCAGUCCUAUGCACACUUCCUCUGGGCGUGCUCAAACAGCAGCCAGCGGCCGUCCAGUUUGUCCCACCCCUUCCCGAGUGGAAGACGUCUGCCAUUCAGCGGAUGGGCUUUGGGAAUCUCAACAAGGUUGUGCUGUGCUUUGACCGAGUAUUUUGGGAUCCCAGCGUCAAUCUCUUUGGCCAUGUUGGAAGUACGACUGCCAGCAGAGGAGAAUUAUUCCUCUUCUGGAAUCUUUACAAAGCCCCCAUUCUUUUGGCCCUGGUGGCCGGGGAGGCUGCCGGCAUCAUGGAGAACAUUAGCGACGAUGUCAUUGUGGGUCGUUGUCUUGCUAUCCUGAAAGGAAUAUUUGGCAGUGGUGCAGUGCCUCAGCCUAAGGAGACGGUGGUGACCCGCUGGCGUGCGGACCCGUGGGCACGAGGCUCCUAUUCCUACGUGGCCGCCGGUUCUUCAGGAAACGACUACGACCUGAUGGCGCAGCCUGUGACUCCCGGCCCCAGCAUUCCUGGCGCUCCUCAGCCUGUACCUCGCCUCUUCUUCGCCGGGGAACACACCAUCCGCAACUACCCCGCGACCGUGCACGGCGCUCUGCUGAGCGGGUUGAGAGAAGCAGGCCGCAUCGCGGAUCAGUUCCUGGGAGCGAUGUACACUCUCCCCCGCCAGGCCACACCUGGCAUCCCCACCCAGCAACCUGCCAGCAUGUGAUCUGAAACAGAACAAAGUGGGUGUGGGAUGGAAAACAAGCAAGUUUUAUUUCCUCUGGAGAAGCUACUGUAGACUUACGGAAGACUAUGUGUAGACUGAUGCAUGGGCUGCAUUGACCUCCUUCCCUCCUUUUCCCUGGGACUGACUGCCAAGAGGAGGAGGUACAUUGACCCAAGAGCAAGGCCAAAUGGGGCAACGAGGAUACUUCGAACACCACCUGUGACCAAACUGUGUGAUAACCAACCUUUUCUCGAAGCGAAGCCUUAGGUAUUCUGUAGCAUUAACUUUUGUGUCAAUGCAUUAUUAGGCUUUCUGUUUUUUUGGGAGCGAGGUGAGAAUGUUGUGUGAUUGUAAUACUGAUAAAAGAUUUACUUUUUUCCUGACGGUAUUUUUCCCAGCCAUACGAGUAUGUGCUUUAGGAAUUUUUUUUUUUUGAGUUGUGAUUUACUGAAAUAAACUUUUUUUUUGGAUGUGACCGUCGUAAAUUGUUCAGAGAUCAACAUUUGCAAUACCUUCUGAUUUUGGGUGCUCUAAAGUGCUUAGAAAGUCGAGUAAGGCGUCCAAAAUUUCCAGGUGCAAUUUCUUCCCAUUAACUUGGAAUCUGUUUUUCUGCAGUUUUUUUUUAAAAAGACCAAUUUCCAAAUUAAUACUGAAUUUAGCUCAACAAAUAAGUAAACAAAUUUAGCUGACUGUAAUUUUCCACAAUGCUGGGCGAGCGUGAAAAUUUUGAGUUGUCUUUUAUUGUGUUGCCUGCAAUGUACACCCCUCAGAUGAUGACGUUUUUUUAAACCCAACUGUACAUAUUAAUUUUAUUUUCUUCACUUCCCUUGUUUUGUAACGAUUAUGUAAAGAUUUGUAAGUAGCAUAGUUUUUUUUUAAAGCAGAGAAAUCAAUGAUUUUUUUUAUGCCACUGUUUUCUCCGAAAGAUCAUUCCACACAUCUCAGGCACAGUCAGAUUUCUCUGUAUUCAGACAAGAGUAACACAGUGGGAAGAUGCCAUUGAGGGCAGGCAAUAAACUGGUCUAAUUGGAGAAGUAUUAUCA